GCGAAGCCCUACUUAACUUCCGUCCCACCCUCGUUACACCUACCCCACGUGAACGGUGUUCUGGUGCUGGGCCGGUCAUGGCGCAGGUUCUGCGGCUAUGUCGAUCUCUCCACUGGCGGCGCGUGCCAGUCCAGAGCCUCUGGUACCUGACGAGGACUUCCGGCCGCCGCGGGCUCUGCGGCCGUGGCCUCUCCCGUGGCUCCGAGGUGAUAGGAAACUCAAGAACUUUCAAAAGAGGCCUUUUAUUCUCAAUCUUGUCAUAUUUGGGUUUUGAAACCUAUCAAGUCCUUUCUCAGGUUGCUGUGGUUCAUGCUACAGCCAAAGAAGUUAAAGAAGUUCUUGAACAAGCAGACUACUUGUAUGAAAGUGGAGAAACAGAAAAAUUGUAUCAAUUGCUUUCCCAGUACAAGGAAAGUGAUGAUGCAGAGUUGUUAUGGCGUUUGGCAAGAGCAUCACGUGAUAUAGCUCAGCUUAGUAGGACUUCAGAAGAAGAAAAAAAACGUUUGGUAUAUGAAGCCCUAGAGUAUGCAAAACGUGCACUAGAAAAAAAUGAAUCAAGUUUUGCUGCUCAUAAGUGGUAUGCAAUCUGCAUUAGUGACAUUGGAGAUUAUGAAGGCAUCAAGGUUAAGAUUGCAAAUGCCUACAUUAUCAAGGAGCACUUUGAGAAAGCAAUUCAACUGAACCCUAAAGAUGCAACGUCAAUCCACCUUAUGGGUAUCUGGUGUUAUACAUUUGCUGAAAUGCCUUGGUAUCAGAGAAGAAUUGCUCAAAUGCUGUUUGCAAAUCCUCCUAGUUCCACAUAUGAGGAGGCCUUGGGAUACUUUCACAGAGCAGAGCAAGUGGAUCCAAACUUCUACAGCAAAAACUUGCUACUUUUAGGGAAGACAUACUUGAAGCUGAACAACAGAAAGCUUGCUGCUUUCUGGCUAAUAAAAGCCAAGGACUACCCUGCACAUACAGAGGAAGACAAACAGAUACAGACAGAAGCUGCUCAGUUACUUACAGGAUUGUGACGACAGCUGAGAACUUUUCAAAGAAGAAAAUACAUGAUAUACCUAGUAAAUUUUGCCUUGUCAUUCAGUUAUAAAGAUGAUACAUUAACCAUAA